AUGGCAUCUGCUCACAUCCUCUCACCCUCAACCACCGCCGCUGCCAACAGUUCGACCUCCCACCUUACCCGCCAACUUUUUCAUCUCCCCUGCAAGCUCCCAUUCCAUACCUUCCCCACCAAAAAUCACAGACUAAUCACCAAGCUUAACGUGUCCUCCCCAACUAACAAACCUGCCACCUCCACCAUUUCCAAAAAACCCAUCGAAGAAACCAUCUUUUUUGACGGUGGAGCCCACUACGGUGACCUCGUAGCCAACUUGCUACUGGGCUUCACUCUUCUUUGGCUGCCAUUGACUCUAGCUGCAGUUUCAAGGGCAUUUUAUCUUAGAUACAGGUUCACCAACCUGCGGGUUACAGUUAUUUCAGGGCUGACAGGUCAAGAUAGGAGUGAUUUCUCCUACAAGGUGAUAAAAGAUGUUCAGGUCGUGCCACGCUUUAUAGGUGAAUGGGGUGAUAUCGUUAUUACUUUGAAAGACGGCACUAAAGUGGAUCUUAGGAGCGUUCCUAAAUUUAGAGAAAUUGCCAAGUAUUGUCUCUCUAUGGCUGAGAAGCCUGUGGUUUUGAAGGAGGUUACUGAACCUAAAGGGUUUUAA